AUGUUAAUUUGUCCUUUCCGUACUAUUAACCAAAAUAAUGGAACCAAGGUUGGUCCUGUAUAUGAGCGAAGUCCAGAAAUGAGAAAGGGAAUGUUGGUUAUAAAGAAUCAUGUGAGCUUACCUAAUUCAGGACGAUGGACCCAAGUGUGUGAUAAUGGAUCCAAUAGUGGAAAAGUGAGGCCCAGCAUGUCAAAU